AUGUUGAGUUCACCAAGAAACUCGGUAACACACAAUCAACAAGCCAAAUUGGCAGUAGACUAUAAUGAAUUGCUCAAGGAGUUAUCAUCGCACGAAAUGACGUCGGUCGGCUGCUAUACAAUAGGAGAGACCAUUGGAGAGGGCACAUUUGGCAAAGUUAAAAAAGGCACACACAAAUUAACAGGUCGACUCGUCGCUAUCAAAAAGAUCAGCAAACAGCAUGCGCCCAUGAUGGCCAGAGAGAUCCACCAUCACCGACAACUCAAACACCCCAACAUUGUCAUGCUGUACGAAAUGAUCACGACAGAAUCAUGUAUACACAUCAUAUCCGAAUACUGCCCAAACGGCGAUUUGCUGGAUGCAUUGACUGACUCUGGUCGAUGCUCAGAUAUCCGAGUUCACAAGUGGUUUCGUCAGUUGACAGAUGCAAUCAAGUACUGUCAUACGCGUGGCAUUGUCCAUAGAGACCUUAAAUUAGAAAACAUCUUAUUAGACGCUGAUGAUAAUGUCAAGAUUUGCGACUUUGGCUUUGCUCGAUUCACACAGAAAAAUCAGUACCUAGAGACAUUUUGCGGCAGUCUAAGCUACUCUGCACCAGAGGUCAUUUUACGAAAAAAGUACACUGGUCCAGAGACUGAUAUUUGGUCUCUUGGUGUAAUUCUCUACACGCUGUUAGCUGGCGAAUAUCCGUUUGACGAUGAUUCAGAGAUUAUGACACAGAGAAAGAUUGUGCAAGUAGACUAUGAGAUGCCGUAUUACUUUUCUGCCAACCUACAAGAUUUAAUUCACCAUAUGCUCCAAGCAAAUCCCUCAGAUCGUCUGUCCAUCGACGCUAUUGUAGAUCACGCUUGGAUGUACCAACAAGACGAUACCUGCUUAACGCCAUCCUCCUCCACUGCAACAAACCAAUCCAGCAGCUCUUCAUCCGAUGUUGAUUCCAUAUUCUCUCAAAAUGAUGUCAAUUCUAUUGCGGCCAUGGAAGAGGUAGACCACAAUCUCAAGUUCUCGCCCCAAGUUCGAUCCAGUCUAGGCAUAUUGAGACCCUCGUCACAGCAGCAGCAGCAGCAGCAGCAGCAAAGCAAAUCGCCUCGUUUCUCUGCGCCCAGCUUAAACAGACGAGCAGCAGCACCCACUUCGCCAUUGUUGCAGUCAAGCUUCAGAACAUCACUGCCAUCUUCAUUCUAUUAUCAGCGAGAAUCCAUGGCCAGCAGCGAUACAUUCAGCAUGACACCCAUUGAACAGCGCCUCUUUGCUGCUUUAACCGCAGCUGGAUUCGACAAAGAUGCACUCAUCAAGAUGCAAACAGGCGAAUGCGACACUUCCAGUACACUGUGGCAUUUGCUGCUUGAAAAUAUGUCCAAUUCACAACUCUCGUCUAAAUCCAACGUGUCCGAUGCCUUUGCCUCGGCCAUUCAAUCUAGAAACCUAAUGAUGGUCGACUCCACCUCGUCACUUGAUCUUGCUACUUGUGUCCCUACUAGUACAGGUAAAGAAACAACGCCAAUUGAUCGUGGAAUACAAACAGGCAUGGAAGAUGAAGAUGAAGCAGAAGACCAAGAGCCACACAUAGAUGAGAAAGAAAUCGUUUCGCUUGCUGUCCAAGAAAAGCCGAUGGCAUUACCGCAAUAUGUGCAACCCUAUCCAUCACCAGAGAUGAAUCGACCUCCACAUACUAUCCAUACCGUGGGAUUUGGAUCUACAGCUGCUAUUCCUCACAACGAGAAAUCUGGCUGGUUUUCAUCUGUGAAAUCAUGGUUUGGCUCUAAACAGCAAUUACAAAUGCAACAGCAACAACAGCAACAACAGCAACAACAACAACAGCGUGGUCGUUCAUCAUCCAACUGUUCCACCAUGUCAUCGCCCAUCGCAUCGCCCUCAAGUUAUCGCAAUUUCGAUGCAUCCAAUUCCACUGCAGCAUCCACUUCAGCCACAUCCGGCUGUGCUACCAAUAACAGUAACAUUAUCUGUGAAGUCAUGUCGCCGCCCAUAUACAGAACUGGAUCACAGAAAUACCGAAGACGUGUGAUACAGCUAUCAGAACCACCUAUUUGCGAAUUAGACCAAUUAACCUACAAUGCUACUACAACUACUAAUAAACAAUCAUCCACAACAACAGCAACAGCAUCUUCAUUCUCCUCAGCAACAGCAACUACCAUCUCAUCCACACCCUCAUCCAGCCGUAUUAUUCACUCUAAUAGAUCUGCUCCAUUCUAUCCUAACUAUCAACUUCCUCAUCCCUCCUCCUCUUCUGUCAAUGUUCAUAUGCCUCCAACUGCUCUCACUUCUUCCUCUCGCUAUGUCACUGAUACAUUUUCGAUCCUUACCUCUGCUUCUUCACAACCCAAAGAAAUUGACAUGUGUGAGAAGCGGUAUUCCAUGAUGUAUCAUAGACAGCAGCCUACACCCCCACCAUCUCCUCCUAGUCUUUCUACUUCGCUCAAUACAACUACCACAGUAACAGCGGUAGAGCAACAUCUUCCUGCAGCAACGACGCGUGUCAAGGAAAUGUUGGCAUCGCCCAUCAGUCCCAUGGAAGAACACUCCAUACUGUCGCUAUCCAAUGCUUCCACGUCUACCACAACUGUGCAACAAGAUGAAGAAGAACAUAAACAUCUAUCAGACUUUUCAUCUGAAGAAGACAGCAGUUGUAGCAGCAGUGAUUCAGAGGAAGAGCAUGACGAAGAAGAAGAUAUGAUUGCAGCAACACAAUCCACCACACCAUCACCGUUACCUACCAACCCCAUCCUCUACAACACCAAUACCACUCCUUCCUCAUCGUCGCCAUCCCCAUCGUCGCCAUCCUCAUCCAAUACCGUAUUCAAUCAUGCCAAUCACAGGCCCAGAUCAAGUCGAUUUGAGUUUGUGCCUCGAUCAAGAUUAAGUGUCUACGGUAUGCAGGAACCAAGAGGCCCUCCCAUGGGUACAAAAACUAUUAUAGAAGAGGAAGAAGAAGAAGAAGAAGAAGAGUAA